AUGUCAUCGACUAUAGUCGGCGUAAAGGUCCACUACAGCUACGACGAUUGCCUGGCUGACAUCAACACAGCGUACCUCUACAGAACGCACGGAUAUGGUGUCUCCGGGUCGUCCUCUGGCAGAAACGCAUUCCUUCCCUGGCACCGAGCAUUUCUUGCGCUUUUUGAGGAGGCAUUACGACGUGUAGAUGACCGAGUGUUCCUACCCUAUUGGGAUAGUUCAUUGGAUGGCAACAUGCCUGCUGGUCCUGGAUUCUCAAUUAUGUGGGACGACGAUCAUUUGGGAACUGGGUCAGGCGUAGUCGACAGCGGACCAUUUGCUGGCUGGGAAGCUCGGGAAACCCCACUAAGGCGAGAUAUAGCCCGAGGCGUUGGUUCUCUUAUCCGCCAAUCCAGAAUUGACUAUCUCAUGGGAUUCUGUCGACUAGCGGACUUCAACGGACGGUGGGAGGGCUCUCACAAUAGCGUACACAGAUGGAUAGGUGGCACUAUGGCCCGUAGCAUGGCAGCUUCCGACCCUAUCUUCUAUAUGCACCAUGCCUUCAUUAACUACCAAUGGGAAAUAUAUAGGCAGCGGCAGAGGGAUAUUUGCGGGAUAGAUCCAGCGUCUGAUUACCCGCCAGAUAACGAUAAUAAGCCGGAGCAUAACAAGGAAGAGAGGAUGAUAGGAAUGCGUUUUCUUGAUAAUAUUGAUGGAGUCAAGGACUUUUGGACGGACAAUUGGUUCGAUUAUGAGGAUUCACCGAGUUGCUCUAACAAUUGCGGCGGAAGUCCUGAUCUAUUCUGUGAUGAAGAUAUCAAUCUGUGCGUGUCGGAAAUGAGGUUUGACAUCGGAAAAGACUUAGGGGGAAGUGGAAGGCGUAAACAACGGGAAAUCAGUCAUGACGAUAUGCUUGCAGACGGGGUUAUUCCUUAUUCUGGCGAGUGUACGAAAAAUGCAUACGGAGUUACUUGCGUUAAUCCUCCCCCGCCCACAUCGGACGAGGAGAUGAUUGAAGCUUUGGCACGAGACGAAGAGUACAAACUUCCGGAAUCGAUAAAGAAGGUCGACAAAAUCGUGCAAGAGAAUUUACAAUAUGCCAACGCUUUGCCUGUUGAGAGCGAACAGAUAAUAUUCCACGCAAAUCAGGAAGAGAGUAACGAUUGUCGGAACCUUGAGAAGUGCACAUAUGACUUAUUGAAGGCCGUCGUAAAGGGUCGUAAGAUUACUAAUAGAUACGGGAAUCACCAAACAGCUUUGACAACGACUCGUCGCCCUCGUCCUGUGACAAUCAUUCGUCGUUAG